CAUCUUUUUUGGUCCAUUUUGGAUGAGAGCAGCAGCUCCGUGCAACCCAAGAAAAUGACCAAACUGCAGUUUCUGAACGUCUUUCUGACUGAGCGUCUCAUGCUUGCUGCGCAGGAGAUCUACAAAUCCGUCGAGGACACGAUUUUGGAGUACCAGGAGGAGAUAGCGAUCAGGGAGCGGGAGAACGACCAUCUGAGACGCAGGCUGCGAGACGCUGGGAUUGAAAUAUGGCCAGAUCGUCCGUCCAUGGCGCUGUUGGACGAGGAGGAUGGUGAGCAUCCACGGCGUGAGUGGAGUCCCAGCAUGGGGCAUGAGGAGCGCAUCCCUAUUCAGAUUAAGGAUAAAAGAGAUCUCCAGGCCAACCGAGGAGAUGAUCAGCUUCGUGGUCAUGGCUCUUGCAGCACACCAGAGAACAUGUUCACUCCUCCGCGUGUUGGAAAUGAAUAUCCGCAGGAUGGCCCCCACACAUCCAACCUCCCUCAGAGUCAAGGUGUGGAGAACAGGGAACGGGAUCCUGCCUCUCGAGGCUCCUCAAGGCAUGUGAAGGUAGAGAGUGGAGGAGGCCACAGAGGCUCUACUUCCUCAAACAGCGGCGCCCAGCCGCUCGCACCGGUCAACCCAAACUGCUCAAAUGAGAACAACAUUGACAUUAUCGGGGUGGAGAAUGGAGGACAGAUGGUUGGUGCUAAGGGAAAUGGAACUGGAGCUAACAGAGGACAGGCCUCUCACAUGCGCAACCAAGGAGCCAAUGCUGUGGACUGCCCUCAUCAAAAAUCCCCACUACAAGGCCACAUGUCUUCCUUUUGCUGCAAGGUUUGUGGCGAGGCGUUUAGUCACAUCGGUCACCUGCACGUGCAUGUACAAGUGCACACUCGAGAAAAACCGUACCGCUGCGGAGUAUGCGGGAAAUGCUGCAGCUCCUCCGGUAGACUCCAGGAGCACCAGCGUAGCCACACAGGAGAAAAACCAUUUCGCUGCCAGAUUUGUGGAAAGGGCUUCACACAGAUGGCUCACUUGAAGGUACACAUGAGGAUCCAUACUGGGGAGAAGCCUUACAGUUGCCCUGUGUGUGGCAAAUGCUUCAGCCGCUCUGACAAAAUCAAAAGGCAUCUCCAGACCCAUAGCCGCGAGGGAACAUAUUUCUCAGGGCAAUGAUGCAAGUUGUUUAACAACCCAUAUUGAUGAGGGAAACUUUCCUACAAAAAGCUAAAAUCGCUGCCAUUAAGACAAGGCUUUUUUUCUUCCUACUUUCCAAGAACUAUUGAUUCUGCAACUCUUACAGAAAGUUUCUUAUCUAACCUAACACUCCUCCACGCCAUAGUCCCUCAAUAGAAUUUGUAUUAGCCAGUUUAGUAUGUCAUUUACUUAAUUUUGUACUUGUCACUGAGUAUUAAAUCUCUAAGACACAAUUUGAUUUAUUAGCUAGCCUUUCUGAAUUAUCUAGCCUUUCCUUAGUCAUAUAAUUAGCAUGAUGAAGUCUUCCACACAUGCCUUGAAACUGAGAUGCAUUAAGAAAUGCAACAAUGUUCAUCACGGUCACGGCUUAUUAUCAGCCAGUCACUUCAUAUCCGUAAGUUUACACUUGAGUUUAAAAUCUUCAGACUUGACAUCCAUCUUGUAAUCAUUAUUUAAGACCUGAAAUUAAGAGUAAGCGCAUGAAAUGAUUUCCAUUUUUCACAAUUACUUAGAGAAUUGACGGUCUGACAAAUGAAGCCUCUGUGUUUUCUGGCUUAGUCUAACACUGCCAGUUUUUUUAAUGUAGCAAUUAAACAAUGACACAACAUUUAGGCAAACAAAAAGCCACUGAAAAGCACCUGUAAACUGUGGACUUGACUGACUUACAAGGAGAAGUCUGAUCCGGCACUUACUUCCAAUUUAUUUUUUAUUUUCCCUCUCAGUGCUGUUACAUUGUUGCAGAGCUAAGUAACUGCCAUCUCACAUCGUCAGUGCUUCAUGUUGUCCAUGGAAAUAUGGAUCAAUCUGUUGUGAGACUGCUCCACUAUUUUGUGAAAUAAUGUGAUAUUCUGUAAAAUACCACUAGUCUCGAUUUAUCAUACAUUUUGGAAUUCUGUGGUGUCUUUUUUAAUGACAUGCACUACAGCAUCUGUCUAACACGGUGCAGAAAUUCACUCUAUAAUAGGGCCGUACAGUAUUAGUCCAACCUAUCUGUGGUUUUUUCAGGGGUCUGAGUCUGCAAAGAUUUAUGUUCACCUGUGUCUCCACCACAGUAGUCAUUCACAUGUGAGGUAUUUUUGGAGUGGCCUCAGUUGUGGUUGAUUUUCAGAGGUGAUGGUUGGUUUAUCAUGGAAUCAGGUACUUCCUCUGCCCAUCUCGGACUGAACCCCUGAACAGUAGCCCCCACAGUCACCUUCCUCCUCUCAGGACCAAUGCUGCAUUCACAACACGAGGGCAUACCAGAAAUAUAACGUCUGACUUGAACCGGCUAUUCUUAAAGUCAGAAACUCAGGGUUUGUGAGUUUUCUUGUGGGAUUUGUCCCUUUGUUGCAAAAACAAACAUGACAACAAUGAUCCAAAACAUAUUGUAUCUGAACAUCCUGCUAAAAGAUGAACUUAAGUGUGAUACCCUCAGUGUGUCAGAGCGCAGUUGCUGCUCUUGGUUGCACAGCAGUGAACCCCCACCCCAUGUGUGAUGAAUGCAGCAUGAGACAAGUACAGCACGUCCUCACAGCUGACCAGCAGCCCUUCACUCACAGUCUUCUCUGGGGCACCUUUGAUCCCCCUGCACACACACAGUCUACUGUACAGUGUUGUAUCAUUGCGUAUUAAAUGUUAUUUUUUAAUAAAGUAGUAAUUGAGUA